AUGGCAGACCACACACUGCUAUUUUUGUGUUGUCUGAUCGUUACGACUCUUCUCCUUACAGGUGUGAGUGGAUUUGUCAUCACUGUGUUCUCCAGUUAUGGAGAGAACAUCACUCUGCCCUGUAAAAAUGUGAUUUAUCAGGACUGUUCCUCAACUACAUGGAUCUAUUACAACAAAACCUGUAUUAAACUGGUUGAUCAUGGGAAAAUCAGAAAGGAGAACACAUACAGAGCUGACAGACUGAGUGUGGGGUCUGACUGCUCUCUGAACAUUCAUAAAGUCAAAGCUCGAGAUGCUGGACUCUACACCUGUCAACAGUUUCUACAUGAAGGUGCAAGACAAACUGUAGUGGAUUACCCUCUUCACCUGACUGUUCUGAAGAUCAGCUCAUCCCUCAAACAGACUGAGAUCAGGGCGGGCAGAACCGUGACUCUCUACUGCUCCCUGCACCGUAAAACCACAAAGUGUGACGGUCUAGUCAGGACUGAAAGACUGAGACUGAGCUGGGUGAGUGAGACAGGUGCUGAUCUACAGAACACCUCCACAGUCACAAUCUCACACUUGUCUGAGUGUAACAUCAGUCUGACUGUGGAGCUCCAGGACCAAGACAAUCAGAGAGAGUGGAGAUGCCAGCUGACUAAGGGAAAGAAGAUACAGACCUCAGUAAGCCGUGUCACUCAAUGGACAGGUGGGAUAUUAAAUACUCCAUGA